AUGUCCAAGUCUACACAUUCCUCCACCAGCCCGGAGAGUAAUCAUCCGGACUUUAAUUUGACAUGGGUUCAAAAUCUUCUCAAUGAUCCGGACAUUGUUCAGCUCCCCGGUCAGGACAUUGUUCAUCUCCCCGGACAAGCAAGCGUUGACCCGCGAUGGGAAGGUCGCACAUUCAACAGCAUGUUCAAUGUCACUCUGUCCCAUGAAUCCGGCAUACGGGCUAGCCUAUCCUUCCGAAGACCUUGUCGUGAGCCAGAUGCUGUCGUCAAAGAUGAAGACUGUUAUCUAGUUUCAUUGGGCACCGGACUUGAUGGGAAACCCGGUCGAGCUCAUGGAGGACUCUCGUCUCUCCUCUUAGAUCAGUCCACUGGAUCGGCGGCGGUUCGCUCAGCCAAAGAAGAGGGUGAUGAUCCGCCCGCGACUGCGACUAUGACCGUCGACUACAAAGCCUCGAUCGAUACGCCAUGUGUCAUUUUGGUCCGAWCGUGGGCUACAGAGCUCAGUGGAAGGAAGGUCUGGGUGAAGGGAGUCAUCCAGGAGGAUGGGAGCGGGAAAGUGUUUGCGACUGCGAAAGCACUCUUUGUGCAUCCAAGGCCAAAGGCUUCGUUGUGA